CCUCCACUGUGGAAGCGAUUCGCUAGUUUGUGUCAGCUGCAAGGCGUUCUGAGGCUGUGCCAGCUGUACCUGCGCUGCGCUUUGCCGUUCCUGCCUGUCUGUGCGGCAGGUGUGGAAGGUGCCCAAGGACUUUCGCACCUACAGCACGUGUUCGCUGUGCUAGCCGUCAGCAACCGCAUUUGCUUCCCAACCAACGAGCUAUUUAGCGGGCUUGGUCAAGGUUCAGGAUCGUCAAAUUUUAGGGUGUGAACAUUGCUACGCUCAGCUGCUUGUUAUGGAGGGGCAAUACAAUCUCCGCAGUCCAGCCGUGAAGCGUCUUAUGCGAGAGGCUCAGGAACUCCAUGAAGCGACGGAAGAAUACUUUGCGCAACCAUUGGAGGAUAACCUGUUUGAGUGGCACUUUACUGUGCGUGGGCCGCCAGAGUCGGAGUUCGAAGGAGGCAUCUACCAUGGCCGCGUAAUUCUUCCCCCAGACUAUCCCAUGAAGCCGCCGAGCAUCAUUCUUUUGACGCCUAACGGACGCUUUGAGACCAAUAAGAAGAUCUGCCUAAGCAUCUCGGGCCACCAUCCUGAAUCAUGGCAGCCGUCAUGGUCUUUACGAACUGCCUUGCUGGCAAUCAUCGGUUUCAUGCCAACUCACGGAAGUGGUGCGAUUGGGUCCCUGGACUACAGUGCCCAAGAACGGAAGCAGCUCGCGAAAAAAUCACAAACGUGGAGCUGCUCCCAUUGUGGCCCAAUAGCUAAGCUGCUCAAGGAACGCUCGCAAGAACCGCAGGACAUAGCCGCUGACAAGGAGGCAAGGGAGCAGGCUGCGCAGAUCAUGUUCAAGGAUGCCAGCGAGCGGCCCGGCACACCCAGGACUAGCGAAAGCAAGUCCACUGAGCAGACAGCAACAUCAGUGCCUGUAUCACAGCCAAACGACUCCAACAGCAAAGGGCAGCCAUCAGCCAACACAGACAAGAAAGCGGCGAAUGCUAGCAGCAGUGCCACUAGCGACACUCCCACUACAGCUCGGGCCACCCAGUCGGAUUCGGCCAUCGGAGGCACCACCGAGGACACGGCAGACAUGGUAAAGCGGCGGCUCGCGGCGGCACGAAUCCUGGCCCAGCGUGCCGAGCGUCUCGCCCAACAACAGCAGCCCCUCGCCGCACUUGCGGAGGAGACGGGCACGGGAAAUCGUACGGCGAGGGCAAGCUCUGGAGACAAUCUGCGCAUGGCAUACAAUGCGGCGAUCUGGCUCGUCGGCAGUGCCUUUGUGGGCCUGCUCAUACGGCGCGUCUUCUUCUUGUGAUCAGUGACUACACGACAAAAUGGCACGAACGUGACGGACCGCUUGUGCUGUCGCGUGCAUCGGGAUCGUCAACGUGUACGUUGUGUGCUAGGCCAAUGUCUGAACCAGCUGCUUUGAGUGGGUGUCGAUGGAACGAUCCGCCUGCCUUGUGUAGCGAAAUUGACUCGAGUAUUGCUGCAAGUGCGCCAGCUGUCGAUCUUAUGAAAAAGGAAAGAAAAAAACAUGACUGUUUUUUGGUGGUGACACGCCCGGUGCUGCUUUUCUCAGGUGGUGUGACUCCUGCAGAACCCCAGUAGGUUGCUGGAAGGGGCUUUCCUUCUUGUGGGUCAAAAUUACACGUUGCUGUUUUAUAGGUGGCUGGUUUUGCAAUACGGUGCAGUAGUAAGAAAUAAAAUGCCGCUUCUCUUAGCGUAUGAGCUUCAAAAGUGGGCUUUUAGUCCGAGAUGAGAUGUAACGUAUGUGAGAGUGCUGCUGCGUGAUAUGCUAAGUUUUGUAGCACUCUCUAUGGCUUGCUCAGCUGCAUGGAACUUAUUUAGAAUCAACUUUAGUGUGUGUAUAUAUAGAAAACUAGGGAUUAGUUGUCCAAGGAAAUAUGCACAACUUUCCAAGAAGCUAUGCUCAAAAUCAUGCGAGCCAGCUCAAGAGAAUCCAUUGCAAUAUAUGUAACCAGCUGUUUUUCUGCACCAUAGAUCUGCCAGUCACCAAAGCAUGCCACUAAAUGAUGUGGAAAAGACACUAUGGCUAGGGCAUUCAGCUGUGCUGUCACCAGCUAGGGUUUACAGUAAUCUGGAAAAUGGAAACAUUUUUAAACCUACUGAGCCCGACUGGAACUGAUAGCAGUGAUGCUCAGAAGCAGCUGUGCCACUUGGCUCAGUGGCAGUAUUUAGUCUCACGCAGAGUGGAUUUGGAAGCUAUGAUAAAGUCAGUGCUAUGCAGAGUUCAUACUGGAAAACACAGAUGAGCAACUCCCUCUUGAAAUGGCGCUAUCGUUGCCGCUUCUUCACGUGUGGGUUGCUUGUAAAGUAUUAAGAAAAAGGGCUAAAAAAAAGACGUACAUUCCUGCUCUCGAGCAAUUGCCCAGAUUGAUGCACGUUAAUCCUGCAUGGUACCUCCUUCCUCUAUCACCGUGAAUAAAUGGAUUUUUACACAUCUG